AUUGAAAACGAAUGAAACUAACAAGUAAGUGUCAAAAUUGUCAAACGUUACGAAAUUUUAUCAUCUGUUGUUUAGAGGAAUCGAUAAACCGAAGAUAAUAAAAAUACAAGUACAAAUGUUUUCCACCAGGCCGUCUAUUAUUCGUGGUAUAGCUGCGCUGACAAGCCGAACGACUAGUCAGGUGCAUAAAGUGCAUUCAUCGCAAGCAGCAAUGGCAGCCGUAAAGGUUGGUGAUCAACUGCCGGUUUCGGAUUUGUAUGAAGACUCGCCGGCAAACAAAGUCAAUGUUUGUGAUUUGACGGCGGGAAAGCGAGUAGUCUUGUUUGCGGUUCCCGGGGCUUUCACACCGGGCUGCUCAAAGACUCACUUGCCCGGUUACAUACAGAAUGCUGAGAAAUUGAAGAGCGAAGGUGUCGACGAGAUCGUAUGCGUGUCGGUGAACGACCCCUACGUGAUGGCUGCCUGGGGGGCCCAGCACAAUACAAAGGGAAAGAUCCGUAUGCUGGCUGACCCCAGCGGCGCGUUCAUCAAGGCGCUGGACCUCGGCAUCACGCUGCCGCCGCUCGGCGGCUUCCGCGCCAAGCGGUUCUCGAUGGUCAUCACCGACAGCAAGAUCACCGAGCUCAACGUGGAGCCCGACGGCACUGGACUGUCCUGCUCCCUCGCGGACAAACUUAAAAUCAAGAAGUAAACCUCAUGUCCUAGAGAAGGCCUCCAAACGCACGAUAACGAACUCAAGGAAACUGAUGCCGCGAAACUAGGCUACAAGCCUACUGCCAUGUCUGAUUUAGAGUUGCUCAGAGAACUCGUACUAAUUUCAAAUGGCAUAGAUCUGAUUUUGACCAAAACGUUAAUAGACAGAUGACUCUGAUGAAAACAUGGCAAAAUGCGAAGUUCUCGAUAUCGUUUUUCUUAGAAAUCAGACACAAAAGCAGGCAAUUAUAAUUGCGUUUGACGAAAAUUUUAUAAAAGUUGCGCAUCUGUAAUUUGUGAGUUCGUUACCUUUUGAAGUUGGUAGAGUUUCUUCUCUCUUGGAAAUUAAGUUCACCUAACUUUUUAAGAUCUUAUUUGGUUAAUAAUUGUGAUUCCAACACACCUAGCUUUAUGCAGUUAUAGACUGUGCAAGCACUCCUUGUGAUAUUGAAAACAAAUCAAUUUAUAAUAUAGAUCUAAUCAUA